AUAAGGCAUCAUGUUUUCCAACAACAAUGUGUUGGUACUAACAAGCCUUCUCUUUCAGUUUCUGUUAUGUGUGAGCGGGACGGAUGUACCAAUAGGUGACACGUCGCACAGAACACGGAGGCAACUUUUGUUCCCAAACUCCUCAGUAUUGCAGUUUAACGUAGGCAUCGGGACACCGACACCAGCUAAACUAAUCACAUUGAACUACGCAUUUCAAGCCAAUUUUCAACUGCCAUGGAAUCGAUCCCAAAUACCCAUAGAUAUAUUGGAAGCUAACGGCGGUUACGAUGGGAAUUCAAGAAAGAAAAGAAACGCGAAUGAUUAUUCAAGUUUGAAAGAAAGAGACAGCAAUUAUGAAAGUGAUGCACGGCUUUAUCAUUUUUACAAAUAUGUUGAAGAGUUUUUAAAUAGUUUCGGCCAUAACGGUACAUCGUGCAUUCUCCGUACGUUGUGUCAACUAGGAGCCGAGCCCUUGCAUUCACCUAAUGAAGAUGAUCUGCUUCAUGAAAUAGCAACUUUUGUAUUGAACCCCAAGAACGACCUUGAACUUGCACCAACAUACAGUCACGAGAUCCUUCCAUACGUGGAAGCUUAUGAACGAGGCAUAAGUGAUUACAACUGCGUCGAAACAUAUGACAACUGUACCAUAGCUUUACUAGAGAUGUUCUCCAAAAUAGAAGAUUAUUCUUGAAUAGUGUUCGCUUAUUAAAAUCGUGAAAGAAAUUUUGCCAUUUUUACUAUU